ACUGCUCGGCCUGCUACCAUGAGUACUAACAAUGCACUCGCCGACUAUCUGUCUGCCUUGGAGGCACGAGACGCUCGCGAGAAAGCUCAUGAGAAGUACAUCGAUGCUUUCACAAAACUGGCCGACCGCGCGGCAGCGCAGGCAACGCUAGCAAAACAAAGCAAAGCCACCACGCAACAGCCCUCACCAGCGACCUCAACCAAAUCGUUACGCCCAAAUAGUCCCAAAGGAAUGCCUGCCGCUAUAGGAGAUGUUCAAAUCCGCGCAGAGCUAGCAGCUACUCAGAAGAAUCGAGCCGAUCUUGAAAGCAAGCUAUCCGCCGCGACCGCCGAGCUCUCUGCUCUUAAAGCAAUCGGUGCAGAUCAGACGAAACGUAUCGUGCUUCUCGAAGCAUCCAAAACUCAACUAGAACGUCGUGUGAAAGACAGGGCGGACGAGCUUAAGGGGAAAGGCCGGUUUGUGGAGGACGUGCAGGAUGAAAUGGUUGCGCUGACGCUGCAGUUGAACAUGGCAGAGCAGGAGAAGGAAAGAUUGAGGAACGAAAACGAUGAGUUGACGAAGCGAUGGGUUAAGAAAAUGGAAGAAGAGGCGAGAAGGAUGAACGACCAAAUGGGCUGGCAGGAUAAGAGACGAUCGUGA